AUGGUUUUUUCAGUACCUUCUGCACCACUAAUCGUAACUUCGGAAUGUGCAGCUGAGAAUAAUUCUGUAACGAUCGUCUGGAAAUCUCAGGCUGAUGGAUGUGCUGUUGAUGGUUACAUCCUGGAAAUUGAUUCCGGCUCCGGUGAUGGAUUAUUUAAGGAGGUGUAUUGCGGCACGGACACAAUUUGUGCAAUUGAUGGCUUGCAUUUCAAUACCGUCUACAACGCCCGGGUUAAAGCAUUUAAUGCAGCCGGCGAAAGUCCGUACAGCGAACUGAUAUGCUUACAAACCGCUGCUGGUACUUUUUUUUUGAGUUUUUUGACCUUUAUAAAGAACUCUGGCAUUGUAUAG